AUGGCAGAAGAGUGGGGAAAACAGGCAUUUGCUGCCAGGCGGUACAAUGAAGAUACAACCAGGGGAUCAGCAUUCACUUACACAAACAGCAAUCACACCAAAGAUCCCUUUGAGGGUCCCAAUUACCACAUUGCUCCUCGAUGGAUUUACAACAUUGCGACAGUCUGGAUGUUUUUUGUGGUCGUCUUAUCAGUCUUCACCAACGGUCUCGUGUUGGUGGCCACAGCAAAGUUCAAGAAACUCCGUCACCCUCUGAACUGGAUCUUGGUCAAUCUUGCAAUCGCUGAUCUCGGAGAGACAGUUAUAGCCAGCACAAUCAGUGUAUGCAACCAGUUUUUUGGUUACUUCAUUCUGGGACACCCAAUGUGCGUCUUAGAGGGCUACACUGUCUCCGUUUGUGGCAUUGCUGCUCUCUGGUCCCUGACUAUCAUCUCCUGGGAGAGAUGGAUUGUUGUGUGCAAACCUUUUGGAAAUGUCAAGUUUGAUGCCAAAUGGGCCACAAGUGGAAUAGUGUUCUCCUGGGUCUGGUCAGCAGUGUGGUGUGCUCCCCCCAUGUUUGGAUGGAGCAGGUACUGGCCUCAUGGACUAAAGACUUCCUGUGGACCUGAUGUAUUCAGUGGAAGUGAAGACCCUGGAGUCCAGUCCUACAUGGUUGUUCUUAUGAUCACAUGUUGUAUCAUUCCUCUGGCUAUCAUCCUCUUCUGCUACCUUGCAGUCUGGUUGGCUAUCCGUGCCGUUGCCUUGCAGCAGAAGGAAUCAGAGUCGACCCAGAAGGCUGAGAGAGAAGUAUCCAGAAUGGUCGUUGUCAUGAUCAUAGCAUAUUGCGUCUGCUGGGGACCUUACACCACUUUUGCCUGCUUUGCCGCGGCUAACCCUGGAUAUGCCUUCCAUCCUCUGGCUGCUGCCAUGCCCGCAUACUUUGCCAAGAGCGCCACCAUCUACAACCCAGUGAUCUAUGUCUUUAUGAACCGGCAGUUCCGUGUAUGUAUCAUGCAGCUCUUUGGCAAAGAAGCAGAUGAUGGCUCUGAAGUAUCCACUUCAAAGACAGAAGUCUCCUCCGUGGCUCCUGCAUAA